CCUCCGUACGGCGGGAUGGCGGCGGCGCCGCGGUCCGGGGGGCGGCGGCGGCCUGGAGCUGUCCUGCUACGGCUGCUGGCGGUGCUGCUGCUGGCGGGCGCGGCGGGCGCCGGGCAGCGCUCCAAAUGGCGGCUGCCUGUGCUCCUGGGGAAGAAGUUUAGCUUUGGGAAGAUUCUCUUCAGCAACACCACCAUUUUCCUGAGAUUUGAAGGAGAUGAAAAAGCUUGUGAACCCUCACAGGGUUUCAAUGUUACUUGGUACUUAAGAUACUCUGACUGCUACAAUGAAGUCUUCAACUUCGGGGAUGAACAAGCAGAUAACUAUUUUGGGACUACAGCUGAAGAGCAUCCCGGUUGGUCAGGAUACUAUGCCACUGCUUCUCUCCUCUUUCUUAACUGCUCUGAGCUCUUCAGGCCUCAGAUUUUCUAUAAAGAAUUUGUUCAUCCAGAGCCUCUCUCUCCUGAGAAACAAGAGGGCUUAAAAGAGAAGAAGGAGAGUGCAGGAAAUCACACGAUGGUGACAGAUAAAACUGCAUUGAAUGCUGUUAUCAAAACUUGGCGAGAUGGGCCAUAUAUAUUUAUUGUGCAAAUUGCACUUAUAACUGCAAAGGAUUCUACUGCCAGACUUAAAAGAGCUGAGAGAACAACACCUUCCACAUAUCAGAACAAGCUCUUUACAAUGACAGUAGAACUGAAGGGGCCAUAUGAGUAUCUUUCACUUGCAGACUACCCUCUGAUGAUUUUUUUCAUGGUGAUGUGUAUUGUGUACGUAUUCUUUGGGGUUCUGUGGCUUGCGUGGUCAGCCUGUUACUGGCGGGAUCUCCUGAGGAUCCAGUUCUGGAUUGGUGCUGUUAUCUUCCUGGGAAUGCUCGAGAAAGCGGUUUUCUAUGCUGAGUUCCAGAACAUCCGCUACACGGGCGAAUCCGUUCAAGGAGCAGUAAUACUUGCAGAACUUCUUUCUGCUGUGAAGCGCUCAUUGGCUCGAACUCUGGUCAUCAUAGUCAGCCUGGGAUAUGGGAUAGUCAAGCCUCGCCUUGGAGUGACUCUUCACAAAGUAGUUAUGGCUGGAGCCCUUUAUCUGUUAUUUUCUGGCAUGGAAGGUGUUCUUAGAGUCACAGGGUUUUUCUAUGACACUGUGGCUCUGAUAGCAAACUUGGCCCUGUCCAUGAUUGAUGCCUGUAUUAUUUUGUGGAUAUUCAUCAGCUUGACUCAAACAAUGAAGCUGCUAAAACUUCGAAGGAAUGUUGUGAAACUGUCUUUGUAUCGGCACUUCACCAACACACUCAUCUUGGCGGUAGCAGCAUCUAUUGUAUUCAUCAUCUGGACAACCAUGAAGUUCAGGCUGGUGGACUGUCAGUCGGACUGGCAAGAGCUAUGGGUGGAUGAUGCCAUCUGGCGUUUAUUGUUUUCAAUGAUCCUUUUUGUCAUCAUGAUUCUGUGGAGACCAUCUGCUAACAACCAAAGGUUUGCUUUCUCACCACUGUCAGAAGAGGAGGAUGAUGAUGAGCAGAAAGAGCCAAUGUUAAAGGAAAGCUUUGAGGGAAUGAAAAUGAGAAGUACAAAGCAAGAACCAAACGGGAAUGUAAAAGCAAACAAAGUUCAAGAGGAUGACCUGAAGUGGGUAGAAGAGAACGUUCCUUCAUCAGUGACAGAUGUUGCUCUUCCAGCUCUUCUGGAUUCAGAUGAGGAAAGAAUGAUUACCCACUUCGAAAGGUCCAAAAUGGAAUGAAGGAAGUGCUCUUGGAAGUGGAGACACCUCUUUUAAAGUUGCUUGGUGGAGCAAGUGCAUCCUGCUGAUUUGUGUCUUGAUCUCAGCCUUGAAAGUUUGAUGCUUUAAUGUCAUGGAGGGUGUCUUGCUGUGGAGGAAGUUCACAAGGACAUUAUAAACCUUUUGGAAAUUUGAAUUUAAAGUUGCUGCAAGUUUGGAUUUUUAAGCAAUUGACAUGUGUACUAUUCCAGCACCUUCUGUAACUUUUCAAAUAUUUAAUCUGUGAAACUAAAAUUCCUAAUGUCUGCUUGA